AUGGGAAUUGGGACAUCCGGAAGCUUAAUGAUCUCUUUGACAGGGAAACAAAAUAUCUUGAGGGUCGGUAAACCAAACGGCCAAGGUAGGGAUAAAUGGGUCUGGACUAAGGAAUCUAAUGGUUUUUUCUCACCUAAGUCAGCUUAUCUCAUCCAAGCCUUGGGUCGGGCCCCUUUGUGUAGUGUUGCUCCGUCUUUAUGGAACAAGCUGUGGAAUUCAAAGAUCUUGGAGCGCCAUAAAGUACUAUGGUGGAGCAUUCUCUCGGAUGCGCUUCCGAUUAGGGCACUCUUCUCUAAGAGAAUGGUUAUUGACGAGACCUCCUGCCCCAUUUGUGGGAAGGGAGAUGAAACCAUGGAACACUUGUUUCUCUUUUGCGAUUUGGCAUCUCACCUCUGGAGAUCCUCCCCUUGGGGGAUUAUGCCUGUUGUGGAUUUUGGUGCUCGCAUGUGGAAUUGGGUUAAAUUUCUUUGGGAUCUUAGGUCCAGAGGAGUGGAUACUGAUGGUUUAUUCUUGUACGCUUCCAUUGUGGUUGACACUAUUUGGAGGGCUCGUAAUGACAAGGUUCAUAAUAACUCUUUGGGUACCUUGGUACAUUAUAUUGAUUCUAUAUAUUAUUGUUACGCAGAUUAUGGCUCCUGUUUGUUCAAGUCUCACCGGGUUGAAGACACACUGGUUUGGUCCCCGCCGCCUGAGGAUUGGAUCAAAAUCAAUUGCGAUGUCAGAGUUGGAGAGGAAACCAUGUGUGCAGUGGCCAUUGCAAGGGAUCAUCAGGAGGCGAUUUUUUGGGUGGCAACGAACAAAAUUCACUUCUCUGACCCUUUUUUAGGAGAAGCGGCGGCUUGUUUGUUGGCCUUGGAGACGACGAUCUCGAUGCAUCACCCUUUUGUUGUGGUGGAGAGCGAUUCUGCGAUUGUGAUCAAGAAUCUUAAAGGUGACGAGUCCUUUUGGAGGAUUGAGAACUACACAAGUCAAUGCAAGCAGCUCUUUACCUUUUUCACUAGUUGUAAUUUUUCUUUCAUUUCUAGAAAAUAUAAUUUUGUGGCUCAUAAUGUGGCCAAUUGGGCUUUUGCCAAGAACAUUAAUGGUAUGGUAGAGGUAUCUACUAUUCCGAAUGCUAUCUUUUGUAAUGACCGUGAGGUCCAAUUUCUUCUCUUAAUAUAA